GCCCCUGCUCUCGCGAGAGCUAGGAAGCAGAAAAUGGCGUCGAUGUGAGCACAGGCCGCAUGGCGGAGGAAGUCGCCGCCACCUGAUCUGGGGCCACUGGAGCGGCAGGAACAAGAGGGCGAGGGGAGUGGAAGAUGGAGGAGGAACCGUCGGAACCCAGCCCGGACAUGCUGUCCCCGGGAGAGCCCAGCUCCAACGAGACCGACAAGGACGUGUUGUCUCCAGUUGUGGCUGCUUCGGCCGCCUCCUCUUCUUCCAUGGAGGAGGAGCCUGGCCCGGACAGGGCAGCCACACCCCCGGUGUGGGAAUGUGGAGGGCCCGGAGGGACACAGCAGGGUGCCUCCCCAGCCUCAGACAGCUGCCAGCCUGAACCUGGACCCAGCCCUGGCCCGGCCAGCUCCGUCUCCGGGACCAGUGAGGACCUCCGGCCUCCCAAACGACGCCCACCACCAGGGACCCAAAUACCCUGCUCGAGCCCCGGCUGCUUCCUCAGUUUCCCAAGUGUUCGUGACCUGGCGCAGCACCUUCGAACCCACUGCCCACCCACCCAGUCCUUGGAAGGCAAGCUCUUCCACUGCUCGGCCCUGAGCUGCACAGAGAGCUUCCCGAGCAUGCAGGAGCUGGUGGCCCACGGCAAGCUGCAUUACAAGCCCAAUCGCUACUUCAAGUGUGAGAACUGCCUCCUGCGCUUCCGCACGCACCGCUCGCUCUUCAAGCACCUGCACGUUUGCGCAGAGCACGCGCAGAGCCCGGCCGCGCCGCCGCCCCCCGCCCUGGACAAGGAGCCACCCGCGCCUGAGCGCCCCCCGGAGUCUGACCCCGCGCCGGCGCCCGGCCUGCCGUUCCCGCUGCUCGAGCCCUUCACGACCCCCGCCUCUGCCCCCACUGGGUCCUUCCUACCCUACUUGAACCCUGCGCCCUUUAGCCUAAGCCCCCCACGCCUGCGCCCCUUCCUGGCCGCCGCUCCCGGGCCGCCGGCCUCCAGCGCCGCGGUCUGGAAGAAGAGCCAAGGUGCUGGCGGCAGUCCCCGAAGACCGCAGGGCGGCUCCGACGCGCCCUCAGGUGCGUGCAGGUGACCAGCAGGGCGGGGUGGAGGGGCGCUCUCUCCCGAGGAUGCUGGUCGGGCAGCAGUGCCCGCCCCCUUCCCCGGUGGCCAGAAGCGCCGCCCCUUAAAAUACAACAUUUUGCCUUUAAA